AAACAAAGCGCAACAGGGUGAAAAGAAAACAUUCUCACUGUGCGGAAAACAUUAGUUUGUGUUUAAUAUUGUACAAAACGCGACACGAUCUGUGCAUUAUUAACGAAAUUGCGUUAUUUUAACAUCUUACUAAAACCCCUGGUUGGUUGGAAAUUGUCAGACUUUAGUACGAGGAAGUUAAAAUCAGUUGAAGAAGAGCGCGCCUGCAAACUCGAUCGGACGGAGCUGGUUUAAAUAGCAGUAGCGGCUCAAACAACACAACAAAUCGUUCCGUGCGAUCGAGCGCGAGAGGAUCGUCCUGUGGCAGUGCGAGAAAGUGCGUGCAUAUUGUGAUCGAGUUGGAGUAGUACCAGCAGCCGCAGCGGUAGACAAGAAAAGUUCUUCACGAUGACGGUGUUUACGUCCAAAUAUCGAUUGUUCUCGAAGGCGGUCAACUUGAAACCGAACCCCAGACAGUGGUCUGCGCGAUGGACUAUUGUGCAGCGGUCAAUAUAUGGUAGCAGUAGACAGCUUCAGCAGCAGCCGAACGCAUCCCCCACAAGUCACCAACACCAACACCAGCAUCAUCACCAGCACCACCACCACCAGCAACACCAGCAGCAGUUCCACCAUCAGUCGACGACAGGUAAAUCCCGUAGCAAAGUUUACAGAAAGUGGAGUUGGAAGGCCGGUGCAGGUUGGACUAUAUUAUCGGUUUUGGAUUGGUGGUUACUAGCGGCCGGCGGUUGGCUGACUUGGCGCGGUGUAUUUCUUCGUUGGACUCCCAUCGGUAUCUGUAUGGUGGUGGCAGCAAAGUGGCACCUUCACAAUCGAGACCUCGAUAAGAAGGGCCUACCGCGAACCGCCGCGAAAUGGCAGGCAAAAAUGUACUGCUCGCUUCCACUGCGACUCAUGAGCCGUUGCUGGGGCUGGAUGGCCGACCGAAAGGUUCCAAAACCGGUGCGUCCCAUGAUCUACGGCCUUUACUCGACCACGUUCGGCGUGAAGAUGGAGGAAGCCGCGGCCGAUAACUUCAAAGAGUACCGAAGCUUAGGGGAGUUUUUCACGCGCCCACUCAAAGAAGAUGCCCGGCCUAUUGACCCCAAGACCAGCUUUGUGUCACCCUGUGAUGGACGAAUUCUUCACUUUGGUGCCGCGAACUCAAAUCAAAUCGAGCAGGUAAAGGGAGUGUCCUACAGCUUGGAAGCCUUCCUAGGGCCACCGACGUGGACGAAAAAGGACGCCCCAGAGAUGGUGGAAAAGGUGAAGAAAGGGGCCUCGCCCGACAGUGUACUGUAUCAGUGCGUCAUCUACCUGGCACCGGGAGACUACCAUCGCUUCCAUUCGCCAACGCUAUGGAAACCGGAACUGCGGAGACACUUUUCCGGGGAGCUGCUGUCGGUCAGUCCGAAGAUUGCCGGCUGGAUUCCGGGGCUGUUUUGCCUCAACGAAAGAGCCGUCUACAUUGGCAAGUGGAGGCACGGGUUCUUCAGCUACACCGCCGUGGGAGCAACCAAUGUCGGUUCGGUGGAGAUUUUCAUGGACGAGAAGCUGAAAACCAACAAAUGGGUAGGAUUAGCCUGCGGUAGCCACAAAAAGAAGGAGUACGAUGAGCUGGAGAUGCCCGACGAUAAGUACCUGGACAAGGGUGAGCUAGUCGGCCAGUUCCGGAUGGGAAGCACCAUUGUGUUAAUCUUUGAAGCGCCUAAAGAAUUUAAGUUCAAUCUAUUCCCCGGCCAGCGAGUGAAGGUCGGCGAGCGGUUAGGCACGUUCGAGGGUACGGAAGAAACGAUCGAAGACCCGGAGGAGGUGAAACGCGCGAUCAAAUCUUUGGACGAACCGGAACCGGUGACCAAUCCGUGAAAGUAUUCAGCGUUCACUUUGAGCCAGCUCGCGAGCGUCUCAGUGUAGUGUCUCAGGAUAGCAAUAGCUUAAGUUAACAUUUCUUUCCUUUAAAGUUUAUCUGUGUCCCCUUCCCAACAGUCUAAGUACAACAGUGAUGCAGCACGUGCAUAAACGCUGCUGGAGGUUGUUAAUUCUAGAUAUGUGCUAAGUAAACCAGUGCAAACGCGAAGCAAUCCAUCGGUAAGCAACAGACAUUUGUUCAACUAGCUGCCGUCAGCACACCAGCGACGCUUACCCUUAGCCGAGCAGUAGGAACACCUCUGUAUGCGUACGUUUUAGUGGCAAAUACCGUAAGAGUAGUGCAUAUUGCACACGGUUGGAUUGUUUCGAAUGCUGCGCAACAGCAUUGCAGUGUUUCGAAGGGUGAAAAAAUUGCACGCUCGUGAUUUAGAUGUGAUCGCAGUACCGUGAGCAAUACCGCGUUUGAUUGUUACACGAGCUGUUGCCAUCACACGCGUAUACAUGACCUAACCAGUUGUAAAAAAAGGGUCCCAACCUCCUCAUUGUUGACCUCAAUAAUUACCAAAGGAUGCGGAGGCGAACCUUGUGCGUAGGUGAUUUGUGAAUGACCGUGAAAAAGACAUGUUAGCAAAACGAAUUGUUCCUGCCGAAGUGGUUCAUUUGGAGAAUAUAUUUUUAUGUUAAAAUUA